UGCAAGUUCCUGGCUGCUUCUGAGCUCACCCCAUCCUCCGAGAGGGAGGAGGCCAAGUGGUGAUGCUGCUGCUUCUGCCGCCUCGACUGCUGAUACUCUAGUGGAGCUGGAAGGGUGGUUCCUAUUCGCACCAUCGCCAACCAGAGAAGGAGGGAAAAAAAAUUCCCAGCAGCCGCUGCUGAUGUUGGGUUCGGAGGCUGCAUCCGACUCGGUCACAAGGAAAAUGGAUUCAGUUUGCAUCUCUCUCUCCUUUCAGCCGCUUCUCCGGGUCUCAGCAUGGGCUUCGAGGGCAGCAGCUGAGGAGACCUUACCAAGGAGCACCACGCAGUAAAUGCUGAAACAUCGCACUCUGGGAUAAGAAGCAGUAACAUGGCAGCACCUGUUUGAAAGGAAUUAAAAACCAACAGACUCCAUUUAGAAAAGAACAAUGUCCAAGAAAGGGCGAAAUAAGGGCGAGAAGCCCGAGGCGCUCAUCGUCGCCCUUCAAGCUGCCAAUGAAGAACUCAGGACCAAGCUCACAGACAUCCAGAUAGAGCUGCAUCAAGAGAAGUCCAAGGUGUCUAAGCUUGAAAGAGAGAAGACUCAAGAGGCGAAGAGGAUUCGUGAGCUGGAGCAGCGCAAGCACACGGUUCUGGUGACAGAGCUGAAAGCCAAGCUCCAUGAGGAGAAGAUGAAGGAGCUGCAGGCCGUGAGGGAGAAUCUCAUCAAGCAGCACGAGCAAGAAAUGUCAAGGACAGGGAAGGUGCGGGACGGGGAGAUCCAGAGGCUCAAGUCAGCUCUGUGUGCUCUCCGCGAUGGCAGCAGUGAUAAAGUAAGGACAGCGCUCACCAUCGAGGCCCGGGAGGAGGCCCGAAAACUGUUUGAUGCAGAGCGCCUUAAGCUCUUACAGGAAAUUACGGACCUGAAAACUGCCAAGAAGCAGGUGGAUGAGGCUCUAAGCAAUAUGAUCCAGGCGGAUAAAAUCAAGGCUGGGGACCUUCGGAGUGAGCAUCAGUCCCACCAGGAAGCCAUCUCGAAGAUCAAGUGGGAGUCGGAGCGGGAUAUUCGGAGGCUGAUGGAUGAAAUCAAAGCCAAGGACAGGAUCAUCUUUUCCCUGGAAAAGGAACUGGAGACCCAAACCGGCUAUGUACAGAAACUCCAACUGCAGAAGGACGCUUUGGAUGAACAACUCUUUCUGGUCAAGGAGGCUGAGUGUAACAUGAGCAGUCCGAAACGGGAAAUUCCAGGAAGAGCAGGAGAUGGCUCUGAGCACUGCAGCAGCCCAGAUUUGCGAAGAAAUCAAAAGAGAAUAGCUGAAUUGAAUGCCACUAUAAGAAAAUUAGAAGACAGGAAUACCUUGCUUGGAGAUGAACGAAAUGAAUUGUUAAAACGCGUGCGGGAAACUGAAAAACAAUGUAAACCUCUCCUGGAAAGGAACAAGUGCCUCGCCAAGAGAAACGAUGAACUGAUGGCGUCUUUGCAGCGCAUGGAAGAGAAAUUGAAAGCUGUGACCAAGGAAAAUUCAGAAAUGAGAGAAAAAAUAACAUCCCAUCCACCCUUGAAGAAAUUAAAAUCUCUGAAUGACCUCGAUCAAGCUAAUGAAGAACAAGAGACAGAGUUUCUAAAACUUCAGGUCAUUGAGCAACAGAACAUAAUCGAUGAGCUCACAAGGGACCGAGAAAAGCUCAUCCGUAGGAGAAAGCAUAGAAGAAGUUCCAAGCCAAUUAAGAGGCCUGUUUUGGACCCAUUUAUUGGCUAUGAUGAGGACUCCAUGGAUUCAGAGACAUCAUCCAUGGCCUCAUUUAGAACAGACCGAACACCAGCUACUCCUGACGAUGACUUGGAUGAAAGUUUAGCAGCUGAAGAAUCUGAGCUACGAUUUCGACAAUUAACAAAAGAAUACCAGGCCCUCCAGAGAGCAUAUGCCCUCCUGCAGGAGCAGGCUGGAGGCAUCAUUGAUGCUGAAAGAGAAGCCAAGGCUCAAGAACAGCUCCAAGCAGAGGUGCUAAGGUAUAAAGCCAAGAUUGAAGAUCUGGAAGCGACUCUGGCUCAGAAAGGGCAGAUAGAAAAACAGGAGGCAGAAAAUCACCGGUUACAACAGGAACUGCAGGAUGCCAGAGACCAGAAUGAGCUGCUGGAGUUUCGAAACCUAGAGCUAGAAGAAAGAGAGAGACGAUCCCCUCCAUUUAAUCUACAAAUUCACCCAUUCUCAGAUGGCGUGAGUGCUCUACAGAUCUACUGUAUGAAAGAAGGUGUGAAGGAUGUGAACAUCCCUGAUCUCAUAAAACAGCUUGACAUCUUAGGUGAUAAUGGGAAUUUGAGAAAUGAAGAACAAGUGGCCAUAAUUCAGGCCAGCACUGUGCUGUCCCUGGCAGAGAAGUGGAUCCAGCAAAUCGAAGGAGCAGAGGCUGCCCUGCAUCAGAAAAUGAUGGAAUUGGAAAGUGACAUGGAACAAUUCUGCAAAAUAAAAGGCUAUCUGGAGGAAGAACUAGACUACCGGAAACAAGCGCUCGACCAAGCAUAUAUGAGGAUCCAGGAACUAGAAGCUACUUUGUACAAUGCUCUGCAGCAAGAAACUGUUAUCAAGUUUGGUGAAUUAUUAAAUGAAAAACAGCAAGAGGAGUUGAGGACGGCAGUAGAAAAGUUACGGCGGCAGAUGCUGAGGAAGAGCAGAGAGUAUGACUGUCAGAUUCUUCAGGAGAGAAUGGAGCUCCUACAGCAAGCCCAUCAGAGAAUUCGUGACUUAGAAGAUAAAACAGACAUCCAGAAAAGACAAAUAAAGGACUUAGAAGAAAAGUUUCUGUUUCUAUUCUUGUUCUUCUCUCUUGCCUUUAUUCUAUGGCCUUGAUGUCAAGGUGCCUCUUAAAGAGUAACCGAAAACACGGAUAAGACCCCAGAAAGGCAAAUACUUCUAAACCUUCAAAGAUGGCAGAAAUGUUUACAGCACUGAGAGGGAGAUCAAAGCUAAGAACUACCCUGUAGCCAGGACUACAACUGUGUAUUUUAAAGCCAUUAUUCAAGGUUUCUUACUUGACAGUUCCUACAUGACCCUGUUGAAAAUCUACAAUAUAUGCUGCAUUUAAUGAAACAUGUAUAUGUCAAACCAGAAGAAAAGAACUGUAAACAUAUAUUGUGUAAAGAAAAAAUUCAGCAAUGGAAACAGUUUCAGCAGAUCAAGCAAAGAUGUGUCUUGGGCAUGGAACCAAAGUUACAAAGAAACAUUCUACCCCUGCUGUGCAGGGGGGUCAUUUUAAUGUAACACCACACCCCAUGGAAACAUUAGUCCUGAAAUAAACGUCAUUUGAAAAAAUGAAAACAAAAAAACAAGGGUGGGGGGGAAUGAAGCACGAGGAAUACCUAUGAGGAGCUAUUUACAAUAAAAUGUUUCAUUUGAAAAGUCUGGUUUCUUACUACAGGGAUUUGCUUUUCUGUCUUUAUUAUUGUUUAAAACUCAGGAACAGAGACAUCUGCGAUGUGAAUGGGAAGAAAAGCAGUCUCUCUCCGUUUGUUUUUUCUGCAAAAGGUGGAGCUUGUGGGGUGCAUUCCACAGGUGACAGAUGAGAAGUGGAUCACAGUGACCCCAGCUAAACUGGCCACUGAGGCGAAGGACCCAGGCGAAUGUAACAUAAGAAAUAAAAGCAGAUUUGAUGCUUCCUUGGCCUUCUGUCACAUCUGUGUUCCUCCACGAGCAACAGACUGAUCUCUUUCAUGUCGAAAAUUAAGAAGAAGAUGCUCUAAAUCACAAGCUCCCUGACACAGUUCUGUUUAGAAUGACACCGUCUAUAAGGAACAUGGGCCAGAGAGCAUCUCUGAAUCUUUCCAUUUCCAAAAUACUGGUUUUCAAAUGGCUGCUUAAAGUUGCCUGCAUAAAUAUAUGAUUUGAAUAAAAACACAAUAGAGGCAAUAAGUAAACUUCUACCAACAGUUAAGUUUGCCACAGAGAUGUGAAUAUUAAAUGUAAUUAUGAGUUUUUUUUAAGUAUCCUGAUAUGCCUAGAGCAUUCUGACCUCUUAUCAUUUAGACUGAUAACAUUUUUUCCCAGAGAGCUGACAGCAACAAGAUAACUACUUUUUUAAAAUAGAAGUAACAUUAUGUUACUGAUAUGGUCAUUUUCUACCAGAGAUGAUGAGAAGACUGGUACUUUUCCUAAGUUAUGUAAUACUGAGUCUUGGAUUCAGCUCUGAGAGCAAAUAAAUAUUCCUGAAAAGCUAAUUUUACACCUCAUUUACUGUAGAUAACAAAACAGCCUCAAUUUUUCAAAUUGUCAAGGUUUUAUUUACAGGGCUAGAAUUCCCAUGCAUAAAGAAUGUGUGUAGGGAGCCAGAAACUCUUUCUAUGAAAUGUUACACAAAUCCUUCCUUAAGUGGGUUCAGUAUAUUAUUCUUUGGUUUUAGCACUGGCAUUUUCAAAGCCAGAACAAUAACUGAAGAAUGUAUAAGAAAAGCUAGAAUGCUGGGGUCUCACUUUUUGUUCUUAUAUUUACUGCUGACCCAGGUAUCUUUGGCCCAGUCACUUAACCUCUCUGUGCCUCAGUUUCCUCAUCUGCAAAAUGAGGUUCAAAUGCUUUUUCAUAGCUGGUUUUUUUUUUUUUUUUGCAAUUCUGGAACAAGAGGUGCUUAAAGUAGCACAAUGUGCUUUGUAAUUAUUAUGACUGCUGUGUUAUUUGACUUUCUUGUAUUUUUGAGAAAAAGAGUCCUCUGUGUAAUAAAAUAGUGCUUCAGUUUGGUUAAAUCUAAGCACUACAGCACUGAAGCCUUUCCCAUCAAACUACCUGGGACAUUACUAGCAAUAAAGAUUGACAGAUCCAGAGCCCAGAUCUCUAAUAACCUGUAGUAAAUAGAUCAUCUCAUGCUAUUGAGCAAGAUAGAAGAAUGUGUCAUUUCAGUGGUAAGCAUCUCCUAGCUCUCCCUGUUGUAUAUGCGUGCCAUGAUACAAAACUCCACUUUUAUGAUAGGAGAGCCAACCAUGAAAUUAAGGCUUGGAGUGAACCGAUAGCAUCACAUAAUUAGUCUGAUUAUCCCUUUCAUUUUGGAGGAAGGUCCAGUGAUAUGACCUACUGGGAAUAUACAAAACAACUAUCCUUCUGCUGGAUUCUUUGUUCAACUGGGUAGGUUCCACAUUAAAUAUGAAUAGUACAUUCAUUGUGCAGGCAAUGGGAAGGAGGGCCACUACAAUCUGUGACCCAACCCUUUCAAAUCUCAGAACAUAUGGAAGAGGAUAAAUUACUCUCCCAUAUCUUUGACUUUUCUCUUCCAUUGCUCUUCAUUGGCCAUUCUGGAGUCCACCUGAGCAAAUUCACACUCCAUCUGCUCUACCAAACCUACUUUCCUUCCCUUCCCUUCAUCUUGCUUUCCCCAUCAAGAAACUUGUAGGUUAAAUUUGAUAUCCAAGCACUGACUAUGGUUUAAAUGAUUAUAAACAUUUGUAAAAAUAGUGUGGUUUAAUCAUAUACUUUAUCUGCUACAAAUCUGAUUAUAUCGUACACACACAAAAUCAUACAAGAGCAAUGACAGCUAGGAAGACCAUCUAAGCAGCUUUAGAUGUGUUUAGAGCAAAUGCAAAAGGAGGGAUUCUUUCUUUUUGCUUAAGAUCUAGGCAAUUAGCUAAUUUCUC